AUGGCUGAUCAAUCUGAUGAAAUUUUAUCUCGUCUUCGAGGAAUAUCCUCAGAUGAAAAAAGUGAAAUGGGAAAAAUGAAAUGUCGAAUAGAUGAUCAAGCUCGUCUUAUAAUGAUGUUAAAAAAACGAAACGAUGAAUAUAUAUUAGCAAAUAUGGCUUUGGAUAAACAUUCGAUUGAAUUAGAAAGACAAAUUGAAGAAUUACGUGAUAAGUUCGAAGAAGAAGACAGAAUGAAAGAUAAAAUCGAAGAAUUAACACAAACAAUUGAACAAUUAAAAACAUUAAAUGUUCAAUGGGAAUUAAAAGAACAAGAAUUAAAUAAAAGAUUUUUAUUUGAGAAUAAAAAAUAUGAAAAUCUUCAAGAAGAUUUAUCAUCUCAAAAAAAAAAAAUUCAAACAUUAGAAAAAUUAUUAGAAGAAUCAUAUGAAAAUUUCGAUCGUUUUAAAAAUGAUUCCAAAAAACAAUUUGAAGAAAAAGAGAAAAUAAUUAACAAUCAACGAAUUGAAAUAAAUCAAAUGCAAUCACAAAUACGAAAUCUCGAAAAAAUAAUAGAAGAAAAAGAAAAAACUAUUCAACAAAUUGAACAACGUCAUUUAAAUGAACUUGAUCAAUUAAAAAUAAAUAAACAAUCAUUAGAACAACAAACAAAACAACUUGAAAAACGUCUACAGGAAUUUUUAAGUAACGAGGAAAAACUUCGUCAAAAAUUAACUAAAACAGAACAUUUGUUGAACGAAGCGAAUCAAAGAUUUAUAAACGAAGAAGAACGUGUUAAUUGUGAUGUUCGUGUUGAAACAGUUCAAUUGAAAUAUCUUGAAAGUGAACAAAGAAUUGUAAAACUUGAACAGGAAUUUAUUGCUUAUAAAAAUUAUACAUCAUCUUUGUUAAACAAAGAAAAACUUUUAAAUGAAAGAUUACAACAGUUAUUAACUGGAAAGACAGCAUAA